CAGCUCCAUCCGAAGCCUCAGCCUUCACCUUCAUUGCCUCUCUCGCAUUUCUCCCACUUCAUAAUACUUUGGCUAUCGUGACAGCCACGUCAGCGAGUCAAAGUGAGCCGCCAUGCCUAUCUCCCCCAUUAUAACGUUCAAGGCCGGCCAGUGCGAAGCGCAGAACGGGGACCGGCCGGCCAAGUUUAAGCCUCAGGAACAGCCCGGCUACAUCUACCUCUACUCCGAAGAUGAUCUGGUACAUUUCUGCUGGCGGAAGAGAAGCGACCCGCUGGACGAGCCCGAACUCGAUCUAGUGAUGGUGCCGACUGAUGGGAGCUUCUUUCCCUACGAAUACGACGCGGCGCACCCGACAUCAAAGACAAAUGGCCGCAUCUUCGUGCUGAAGUUCGACUCGUCCUCCCAGCGAUACCUGUUCUGGUUGCAGUCGAAGCCACAGAGCCGCAACGGCGACGCCGGCUGGUUCAGCCCCCGAGACCGUAAGAUUGGCGACAUUGUUCACCGACUGCUGCAGGGAGAAGAGGUCAAUGUGACCCGGGAACUUGCAGCCGUCCGCAACGUCGAUGACCGACGAGAUGAUGACGACGACGAGCCCAUGGAAGACGUCGAGGGCACUCGGGGUCCUCACACCCACCGUGGUAGCGGUAGCGGCGGCGCGGGUCCGGACGCGACGGGAGGAGAUGUCAGAGAAGAGGGCGAGGAGUCGAGAGAAGGUGGUGCGGAUGGUGCACGAGCUGCCGCCUCAUCAGCCCCGGACGCCGCCGCUGCGGUGAGAAACUUCCUCGACUCACUCCGGGGCCAGCCUGGACUCGCUGGAGGUCAGCAGCAGCAGCAGCAAGCUGACCUGCCGUAUCCCUACCUCAACCACCUCCUUCCAACGUCCGUCACGGUUGCUAUGGCGGAUGCUGCAUCACCUGAACUCGUUGACACCUUACUUGGCUGUCUACCCCCGGCAGUCAUGGUGCUCGCCACCGGUGUGUCCGACUUUGGUGGCAAAGGGGAGCCGACGGCCGAUGCGGUCGAGGCUGCCAAGGUGUCUCUCUCCCUGGAGGACAGGCGCAGCUUGUUGAAGAAGGUCAUGAGGAGCCCGCAGUUCCACCAAGCCCUUGGAAGCCUGAGCAUGGCCCUGCGUGACGGAGGCUUGCCGGGCAUCGCAGAUGCACUGCACAUCAAAGUCGAGAAUGGCGGGUACAUCCCAGACAGUGGCAUGCCCCUUGGUGGCGGGCAUGCGGUGAAGGCUUUUGUAGAGGGCGCCAGAAAGACGAUAAAGGAUGAGCAGCCUUGAGUCGUCGGCAGCGGUUGGGUUGACUUGGAGCAUUGGUAGCUUUGAAGCCAUCUCGUUUAAACGCCAUCCAAGCUGCUGUCUCUUCCUAUGCUCUUCCAUGUCUCUGUAUUCCACGUCCAAUUCAAUUAGAUUUCAGACGCCUAUCGCAAGCCAUAUAGUUGAAUGGAAGCAUCGUCAGGCUGUGAAUGCGGCUGAAUGACGGUUUAGUAACUUGCA